AUGCAUUUAGAAGGCGAACACCACAUGGUUUUGUAUACGGAAGAAGACAAGCAGGCAGUUAAAAAAGAAAACGGAUUAAAAGAUAGUGGACUUAAAGAAGAUAUUGAUGCAAUUAUGGAAUGGUUCAAGAAACAGCCACACUUGGCGGAAGCACCCAUAGAUCGCGAUUUGAUCGAAAGAAUUUUAAUCGCUUCGAAAGGUUCUCGAGAAAAAACAAAAUACAGGAUUGAAAAUUUCUAUAAACACAGAGCAUUGGCCCCGGAGUUAAUACAAAGUAGAGUUGAGAUACUCUCGAAGACCGAUGAAAAUAUUUGGACAUUUUUUCAUCAAGGAAUAGGACCAAAACUGUACGAUGGAAAAAGAAUUGGAUUCAUUAAUUUUGAAUCAGACCCAAGCACUUUUAACACUGAAGUUUUGUAUAGAAAUAUAAUUCUCGUAGGUGACUUUCGCUUGAAGUAUGAUUAUAUGUUCAAUGAAAUUUGGGUUAUAGAUUUGAAUAAUACAGGAUUUGGACACUUAAUGCGUAUGAAUCCGAUAAUUCUUCAAAAGGCAGUCAACAUUUAUCAGGAGGGUAUGGGCGUAAGGGUAAGCAAAAUACACUGUGUAAAUGCACCGGUGUUUGGUCAUCAUGUUGCUAAUUUCAUGAAAAAAUUUGUGAAGUCUAAGAUGAUUGAACGUGCUGUUAUUCAUGAUUCAAUGGAGAGCUUACAAAAACAUAUACCUAAACAAUAUCUUCCAAAAGAUUAUGGCGGUGAUCUGCCAACUUUAAAAGAGUUAUCAGAUGAUUUGGAAAAAGAAUUUAGAACGGAAAAAACUAAAAAGGCGCUUUUAGAUUUCUGUCAGCUUGUUUCUGAUGAAAGUAAAAGGCCCAGAGAAAAAUAUAAUGAAGAAGCUAUCGUUGGUUCAUUUAAGAAAUUAGAUUUAGACUAA